GAAUCUCUCAUCACCAGCAUCUCGGUCGAGGACAAAAGCGGCGCACCUGCGAGCUGGAUGGAGACGGAAAUGCAGAUUUGUUUAUUCUGAAAUCAUGCUGAUCUGUGACUUGAUAAGGAAUACGAUAGUGAUUAUUUUCUCGUUUGGAAAGUAAACAAAAAAAGGAUUUCACUAGGCUUUUUAGCGCGAAUAUGUUGUUGUUGUCAGCGCUCCUCCAUCACCAGCUGGGCUUUUUGUUUUUCUUCCUCGCCAGUGCAGGCGUCAGUCGCUCCUCGCAGAUUUCCGAUCUUAAGUCGAAGCUGUCCGGUGUGGAGGAGCUGCUGGAGGAGUUCCGCAAGCAGCUGCAGCAGGAUGACUCGUACCAGGGCGUCGAGGACCCCAGCGACGCGUGUCUGAGUGACUUCGACGCGGCGGAGGAGCGCAUCAUCCGCGCCAUGGCCUCCAUCGAGCGCGGCGCCACCUUCCUGUCGGCACCGGGACGCGUGUACAACCGCCGAGACUGCGUGCGCGCCUGCUGCGCCGAACCGCGCUGUACCACGUCCAUCGUCCAGGAGCAGCCGCAGCAGCCGGACAGCGGCGCCGGUCUGCGCUGCUACCUGUUCAACUGCACGUACGGCGGCGCGAACGUCUGCGCCUUCUCGUUUCAGCGGGGCUUCAACACGUUCAGCCGGGUAGCGCGCAACGUCAGCGCGUCCAGAGAGCGUCACCGGAGGCCUGUGGAGGAGGAUGAAGAUGGCGACUCGUCGAUGCGAGAGCUGGACGAACCCCCACGCAGCGACGCUGGAAUGGACGUGGUGAUCCAGCUGCCUACGGAUUGGGCCAUACUGGAUGGAAGGGACAGCAUGGAUGACCAUGGAGUUGUCCGUUAUGAGUGGGCUCUCGUUAAAGGAGAUCCGUCAGUCAGCAUGAAGGUUACCCACCCGGGUCUGCUGAAGCUGAGCGGGCUCAGAGAAGGUGUCUACACUUUCCAGAUGACUGUCACUGAUACAGUAGGACAGAGGAGUUCAGAUAACGUCUCUGUCACUGUGCUGGCACCCAAACAUCAUGCAGAAGUAUGUACUCAUCACUGCUCGCCGUACCAGUUCAUGUGUGAUGACGGCUGCUGUAUCGACAUUAGCUAUGCCUGUGAUGGCAAACAGCACUGUCCCGAUCGCUCGGAUGAAGACUUCUGCCGCAACUUCGACGGAGGCCGUAAGACGGUGACUCACACAGCCAGCGCUCCGUCUCAGAACGGAGGAGCCAGAGAAGCAGAGGGCCGAGCCAUGAUUCCCUCAGCACCACACAAUCCUGAAACCCCCACAGAGCCCAAACAACAAAAACAACCUACAGCUGAUCAAGAUCCCUGCACGAUGCCCCCGGUGGUCGGUCCAUGCAAAGGCGUUUUCCCACGCUGGUAUUAUGACCCCACAGCUGGAGAGUGUAAACACUUUCUGUACAGCGGCUGCAAAGGGAACCACAACAACUUCCUGCAGCAGGCCGACUGUGCAAAUGAGUGCAUCCAGAAACCUGUUCCAGGUGACCAGCAGGCCACUGCAGCGCCUCCUCCCACCACACACACAAACACAGCUGCCAGGUCUGAAAGUGCUGAAGCCAAAUCCAAGACUUCUACAUCAUUAUCCCAGAAUGCUCAGCCAGUAACUAAAGCUCAUACAGAACUGAGUGGACACUCGCCGCCAGAGUCAGGUGCGAUCCUGGCUCUGGUUGUCGGGGUGAUUGUUAGCGCUCUGCUCCUGCUGAUGGUGGGCUGCAGGCUGCGUGUUCGACGUCACAGGAGGAAGAAAGCUCUGCCCCUCACCACAGAGGAGUCCGAUUACCUCAUUAAUGGCAUGUACCUGUAGUGCAGCAUAUUCUAACACCCGCACACGGGUGCACCUUCGAAGACGAGAACCGUGGAUAUAACUCAAACCAUGUAAAAUAAUCUAGAAUAUCAGCUGCUACAUUGAGUCUGAAUACAUCAUGUAAACCUUCUGAUUAGGAAGCAGUUCAAUAAUUCGAUGUCUUACCUUCGCUUGAUGAGGUGUGUGUAUCAAAACAGCAAGUCCUAGCAGGAAAGUAAAAAAAAAAAACACAGGGAUGUAAUUUAAGUCAAUAAUAAUUAAAAAAAAAAAAAAAAAAUAGUAGAAACUGCUGCACCUGUCAGGAACAGGAGUCUGAAACGGCACAGUCGAAGACCAGAAAUAUUUUUCGUUCUGGUUUUCACGAGUCUGCGCUCACUGUAGCCUCGGCUUCUUGCUCUUCUCAGACAGGAGUGUGGUCUAAUGCUGUUGUAGUCCAUCUGCCUCAAUGUUUGUGCGUUCUGAGAUGCUUUUCUACUCGUCACGGCUGUAAAGAGCGGUUAUUUGAGUUACCAUAAGCCUUCAGCUUGAACCAUUCUCCUCUCAUCUCUCUGAUUAACAAGCUUUUGCCAUCAUCCAGCACAGAUGUGUUUUUUGCCAGGUUGUGUAAUCUCUAGAACGUGUUGUGUGUGAAAACUGCAGCAGAAACUGUUAAAGUGGCCGAUAGCCGCUCCUAGUAUAGAGAAAUUGAGCGAUAGAGGCCUAGAGGUGUUUCAAAUUGAAAUAAUGAUCUGAAUUAAUUGUGAAAAAAAAAUGAAAAUUCUGGACUCCAAAACAUUCCUGUAUUAUUAUUAUUGUAAUUCUUGCUGUUGCAUACUAGUGAAUAAAAAUGUUAUUAAAUAAACAUAUUAUUCUAAAAACUAUUUUAUUAUUAUUAAUAAAAAUCUAGAAAUAAAUUAACAUAAUAUCUAAUACAUUUUACAAAAGGUUUAUUUGUCUGUGCCACUUUUAACCUUGGCAAUUUUUACAUUUUUUUUUAACCUGGACCUGAAUUAAAUUUUUGCCAUUUUCCAACUAAAAAGAUCCCGAAGCCGAAAUUUCCAUUCGUCCUUAAAAUGGAAAGGUUUUAAAUUACAAUUGAAUAAAUGUGAUUUUUUUUUCCCCCACAAGGAGAAGUUAGCAGGCUAUUUAUUGAAAACAUUUUUGUCAUUUAUUUUUCUUACGACCUUCUUUUACUCAUGUAGUUGGGUGUGUUUUGGGUUUUACUCUUAUUUUAUUAUUAUUUUAGAAUGUACUACUAUUUAUAUCUCUCUGUAAGCUGUCCCAGAUCUACAGCAAGAGCGAAAUCGUUAUUCAGACCCACUCGUUUUUACUUAGUGUACAUCUAGUGCAUACUUACACACAUGAUUAGCUGUUGCUAGGGUGCUGUGUGGUUCAUUUUCCACUGAAGUGUUUAAUAAUAAACCUUCACAAGCUCUCUCUUUUCUUUAUGAAGUUGAAAAGACAUGUAACUUCGAAGUGAAUAUACUGUAUGCAAUGGAAGUAUAUCAAAUAAUAAAAA